UAACAGUGCUAAAGCUGUAGAUAUGUCUGCAAUAUGUAACAAAAGCCUGUCUUCAGCCACAGAUUCAGAACCAACUUUUUCAGUGGGGACUUCGGCAUUACUAGGUGCAUUCUGCAUCCCUCUAUAUAUCCCGUAUAUCCUGACAGGCAAAUGGCCAUUUGGAAGAGGCCUCUGCAAACUCUGGCUUGUUGUUGAUUAUCUAAUGUGCACAGCUUCGGUAUUUAACAUUGUCCUGAUCAGCUAUGAUCGGUUUCUGUCAGUUACUAAAGCUGUGUCUUACAGAAUUAACCCAGGAAUGACAUCAAAGGCUAUUGCAAUGAUGGUGGCAAUAUGGGUGUUUGCAUUCUUACUCUAUGGCCCAGCAAUUAUCAUUUGGGAAUAUGUGGUUGGCUGUAGCAUUGUACCUGAUAAGAAAUGUUAUGCUGAAUUCAUCUACAACUGGCAUCUUCUUUUGGGCUCUUCAAUCUUUGAGUUCUUCACACCUUUAAUCUUAGUGGCCUAUUUCAAUAUACAAAUCUUCCGCAGCAUCCAAAAUCGCCUGACAACAAUUCCUCAAGAGCUUUCUGAGUCUCCAAAGAGCAAGAGCCAAGUACGGAGGCUUUGGUGCUUGUUGAAGGAAGACGCAUCUUUUUCUGAUUCUGAAACAGAGAAGAGUUGUUCUACUUCAGGGUCACAGAGGCACUUGUCAACAUCUGACAGACCAAGACCAUCACACUUAUAUUCCCAUACUUCUGAAACUGAUCCUAUGGGAUCUUUCAAAGUGAAGACUAGCCGCAAACUGCAAAGAGACAAAAAAAUUGCAAAGUCACUUGCCAUAAUUGUUUGCAUCUUUGUCAUUUGCUGGGCACCAUAUUCAUUGCUCAUUAUUAUUUUUGCAGCCUGCGAUGGAAAUUGCAUCAAACCAUACUUGUAUGAAAUUUCAUUUUGGCUUUUGUGGCUCAAUUCUUCUGUGAAUCCUUUUCUCUAUCCUCUCUGUCAUGUUAAGUUUCGGAAUGCUUUCAGAAAAAUAUUGUGCCCCUACAAGCGUGCAGAAUCGUCGCCACGGCCAUCAGUUUCUUUUUAAGAAGCAAAACUAAGAGAUUCGUAGAAGGUCCCCUGUUUUUUAGUUAAACUUGUACUAUCUCCGGUAAUACUGUAGAUACAUAUUUUUAUUGAGGGCAUUAGUUAAUACAAUAAAUGUGUGAAUUUGCCACGAGUUCAGUGAUUUUCAGGACACCAAUUACAAUGUACUUCCUACACAAUGAAAAUUACUUGUAUUUGUAGUAGGUCAGAAUGAUCAUAAAUUCCUCAGACUGAUUGAAUUUCCAAAAUGUUUGUGGUUUCAGUUAUGAAUUUCAAAAAUCUGGUAAUAAAUGUAUCAGUGAUCAGACAUAACUCCUUUGAAUUCAAUGUAGGUUCUUCCUUUUAUACUGGCAAUCAAAUAGAGGUUGGUAAAUCAGUAUGAAAGCAAGAAGCAAACAUCAGACAGAUGUGGAAUAGUGUAUUUCCAUGUUAUUUUGUCCAUUUUUAUUUGUUUUUUAAUGUUAUGCCAUUAGUUGUAUUAUUAUAACAUUAUUUACAUAAUAUUUUUAAAAGGCUCUUCGAGCUUCUAGGCAUCUCCACAAAGAAACCUCAGGACUGGUUUGAUGAGAGUAAUAAGGACAUUUAAGCUCUCGUUAACAGAAAAAGUCUCCUUUUUCUGCUUUCCAUUUUCAAAGUUUGGCAGAAUGACAUCAACUCCAAACAGAAGCAAGACACUGCCACAUUAAAGCUGAUACCCAGAGUAAAAUCUGAGAGCAAAUGAACAAGUGGUGGGAGGACAAAGCAAAAGAGAUACAAAAGUUUGCUGACAGCCACAAUAUGUGUAGUUUCUUCAGUGCAACCAAAGCUACCUAUGGGCCAGGCACACAAAGGGACUUUCCUGUGAGUUCUAAGGAUGGAACAACACUGUGCAUGGAUGGUGGAGCUCUCUUUACAUAGUGGAAAGAACAUGUUCAAGAGGUUCUGAACUGAUCUUCUAAUGUCAAAGAUAAGACCACCAAAGCCAUUCCACUGCACCCAAUUAAGGACAACCUUGCAGAUUCACCAGGCUAUCAAGAGGCCUUGAAAGCCAUUGAGCAGGCUGUCAUUCUUGAAUCAAAGGAUUGCUGCUGCCGCUGCUGCCGCUGCUGUCAAUUUAGAGUUUCCAUUUAGUAAUGGAUGUUGAUUGUCCAUUGGGAUAUCCCUAUUAAGAGCAUUAUGAUAUGAAGCCUUGUACGUAUCCAGUAUUAUAUAGAUAUUUACUAAGAGUUGCUGGACAUAUUUAAAGUGGACCACCAGACUGGUGGACCAUAAGGUCCUGCUAAGUGGUGUGCAGAUUACUCCAGACUUUCCCUUUUCAAUUAAAAUUUGAAGAUGAGAAUGCACAGUGAACUAUACCUAAUUUUAAGAGUUGACAGUAGUCUUCUGGUCCAAAAUGGUUGGAAACCACUGAUCUAAAGCAUGGCAGAGAAUAAAACAUAAGCGUGUACUAUAACCAGCUGUCUUCUUUAAUUGACACAUUUAUCGUUUUUUCACAAAGAUUAGCUCUGAUUCAUUUCAAGAUGUUUUUUUAAAUUGAAAAAAGAUACUUCCCUGCACAAAGAAAUACUUUUGCUUUGGUAUUGCGGCAAACAAAUGUUGGUAAGCAAUGCUUUUGAAAAUGUAAAGAGCUCAACAUGUUUAGUUUAUCAAAAAGAUGAAUGAGUGACUUGAUUGGGGUGUAAAAUGACUUUUCUGUGGUGCAGGUACAGGGCACUAAAGGGCUAAUCUCCCUCUGAGGCCUUCACAUUGAGAAUGGAAGGCAUGUUUUAGUCCAUAGCUAGUGGAAUCCACAAUCCCCAGUCAAGCACUUGGUCUCCAUGGACAAUGUCUAAGGGUAGAAUUCACUGAGGUCAGCGAAGUGUGGAGCUGUCUAAAUUAGCCAAAAGAAAAUGGCUAGAAGGUUAGUGUUCAAGCUCCUUCCUCUCAGGGAGUUAGGCAUCCAAGUAUGAGGUGAAGAAAGAAGCUUCCUUCCUUCCGAGAUAAGAGCUGUGCUUUCUCUUUUAGCCAGUUCAAAACUUUAAAAAAAAACCAAACGGAGGUAGAGAAGGUAUCUCUCUCUCUCAUAUCCAGUAUCCUACUGGUUAGAGUGCAGGCUUAGGAUGUGGAAUUCCCAGAUCCAAAUCACUCUUCUGUCUGAUUUGGAAAAGGAAUCUGAAUCCAGGUUUGGCUCCCAAAUGGUCACUUCACCCACAAGGUUCUAAACUACUUUGGCGUGAGUCUUUCUUAAUCUCUCCUGGGCCAGACAAGGACUCUAUACACGAUCUGGGAGACCUUGCCCUCAUGAAUACUUAAGCAUUGUGUACCAAGAACAAAUUCAAAGGAGAGACUUAGAGAAACUGACCCCAGACUCAGAUUUCUGGUACUGGAGUUCUAUUGAGAGAAUGCAUAUUUUGUGAAUCCUAUCACAGUUAGGUGCUGUAAGGAGUGGGGCAACUGCAUAUACGCAACAGCCAAAAUAUAGGGUACCAGCACACAAGCACAUUAUCAUAAGCUAAAGGUAGGCAGAGCUUUACCAACAUGUCACCUGCUCUGUGUUAGUGGCUUGUGUGCAUGCUUUCACCCUGCAGUAAAUGAAAGCCAAACUCUCAGCAGUUUAUCACACUUCCUCUGAGGACAAGUUGUAGCAGGUUUAACGUUCACUUACCUGGGGGUAAAAGCAAGUACACAGGCAACUAUUGCAGACCAGUUGAUACCUUGUAAAGCCAUCCCUAUUUUAAUUCAUAGCUUGUGCACGCAUGUCCCUAGGAACACUUUGGGUUAGUGGCUGUAUGGUACUCAACAGACUUGUAGAGUAGCAGUUAGGUACCGCAGUCUCUCUGUGGACCCCAUGUCUUUUUGUUUGUGCUGCUAAGUGUUUAGCAUGUUGGGUGCUGUAAAAAUAAUAACUAUAAUGCUUUUAUUUGGACAAAACAUUAAGAAUUUCCCUUCAUUUUGGGCAGGUAGAGACAGUUCAGUUCCCAGGUUUUACCACCAGCAGAUAGUCACAGACCAAUAUUGCUGGUUCAGUAGGUUGGGAUGGUACUUACUGCCACCUUCUUCUAUCACUUCCCACUGUUUGUUUGUUUUAUUGUCAGUUGAGAGAAAUAAGCAGGAGACUUUUAGCCAAGAAGUAGGGCAGUUGAGGAAAUUCCCAAGAGAGAAAAAGAUAGUUGCUUUUUGAGUUUUAUUGCUCACUCUUCAGGAAGGCAAAAGUCUUACUGGCUGCAGGAGCAAUGGAGCAAACUCACUGGAGUCCUCCAGUGCUACUAGAGAUCAAGGUCUGGUCAAAAUAAUCAGGGUCCCUUGCAAGGUCAGUUGAGCAGGCCCCAUUAGGACCUAAUAGUCAAGCUGUGAUACUCUCCCUCUGACUGGCCAGUAUGUUUAACAGGGUGAGUAGUAAGAGGGACAGCAGAAUAGUGGUGUGGUUAGAAUAGGUGGGUUUGUUUGUAGAGAGAGUUAGCAAAAGGGAAAUAAUGGCUGGAAGUUUCUUGUUAAACAAGAAAAGAGAAAUAGGCUGUAGGCUUCAGCUAGGGCUAGAAUAAAGCAGGAGGUCUUUUGGAGAGGGAACUGUGCUGGGGAGGCCUACUUUCUGUCUGCAGUGGCUUUGUGGAGGAAAUUUGUGAAUAGAUAUGAUGGAGAGAAGACAGUGAGGGUGAUACCAUGCUUAUGGCAAAUUUCAAGCAACAUUUCUUAUGUGAUCUUGGGCAUUAUGAGUUGUCUGUGAACCAUCAAAUCCAGGAGUCUUGUACAUAAGAGUCUUGUACAUUUGGUAGGUAAGAAUGAGCAUGGAACUUGUUUUACCUCCUUAUUAAAAAAUAUCCUGUCCCAAACUCAAAAUAACAAAGAGUAAAAAGAAUGUGGGAGGCAUGAUGGUCUAGGAAAUGUAUGAGAAACAAGGAUUUUUGUGGGUAAUAUCUUACUCAACCAACUGCAAGUCAAAAGCAUUGCAUUCAAUAGCUUAAGUUUAUCUCAACCAUGCAGUUGGUCCAACAAAAGAUAUCACUCACAGAAAUCCCUUCCUCUCAAAGGAGAAAAAUAAUUUUUAAUAGUUCAAAGUAGGAUUAGCAAGCUGGUCAGUUGACUACAUGUUUUUUGAAUGGUCAAAGAUUAUAGCAAUUUUACAAAAAAAAUUCUUUUGUAGUUUUCUUGACAGAAAUAUGACUUUUUUAAAUUGUUUCUUGACAUAUUUCUUAAUGGAAAAUUUGUAGCAUAACUAGGGUGGGGUGACUGGGGCAGCUGCCCCAGGUGCCAAUUAGGUGCGUGGGGAGCGUAGAAAAAAAUGCUGCUGCUGCACAUUUGAAGUUGAAAAAUAAUUUCAGAGAAAAAUGAUGGGCACAAUCCUUAAAACAAAGAUAUUCUUCUGUAUAGAAUGAAAGCCAGAGCUGUUUUUCAAGCUAGCUUUUCUGAUCUCAGUAAAAAAGGAUCAGCCAGAAGAAGUGUCAUGGACAGCCUCUUAAAAUAUGGACUUGAAAACCCUGCAUGCAGUUCUUGGUGACUUUUUUACAGUUUGAAUUUUUUUAGGGCAUGCCUCUCACUUUUGGAAUCAGGAAAUCUUACAAAAUUGAGCUGCAUUCUCAAAGUAGUGCUGAAACUCCCUAGUGGAAGUUUGUGGAAAAAUAAAAUAAUGUGGUGGAAAAUGUUAAACACUUUAGCAACCUGUUAGAUCUUAGAAAUGUAUCAGAAAGAGAAUACAUUCUGUAUAUGUUGCAGGUGUCCUUAUCUAUUGUAUUAGAUUACCUACUGACUUAGUCGAGCCAGGCAGUAUUCUACAUUACAGUCCUGUGUGUCUUUGCAUAUUUAAGAGCAUAAAAAACCUUGUCUGCCUAUGCGAAGAACAGGCACUUACAGUUACUUCAGUGAUUUGAUGAUUAUAUGGGCAUGUAAUUUUUUAGAUAAGCAUUAAGAUUGAAUGAUAAGAUCAGAAGUUAAUUUCUGGAUGAUUAUGGUGUAACCUUAUCCGCUAUUCAGAGGCCUGAGGCUGAUGAUCCUGAGCCUUGGGGACUCUUUACACCUUACCUUGUAAGCCACACAAAUCUUAAUUGGCUUAGUGGAGCAGUCGCACAGCAUGAAAAACUACAUCUGACUGUCCUUCACCUGCACAGCUGUGCCUUGCCACUAGAGGCUUGGUGAGCAGGGACAAGAGCCUAUGUUAAAUGUUUCUUAGUGCACAUCAAGUCAUUGCUGUCAGCUACUGUGUCUUCACCUUUUGUGGGUUUUUUUGGUCUGUUGUGGAAGAGGAGGAAGCAGAAUUGAGGUAGUCAGAGAAUGAAAAAGUUUGCUCUGGGUGAUAAAGGUUUGGCCCUUUGAUUGUAUUGGCAUGUCUAAAUUCUUACUUUGAUUGUAAUAAACAGCCAAUGUCAAUAAAUACGCUAGGGGCAGGACCAGCUCAUUACUCCAGCUGGACAAAGCAAGUACCACAGCCCUGGAGCACCCAGCAACUAUUGUGCCUCACGUAGCCAAUCAGACUGGCUUCCUGCUUGAAAUCUUUUGUUAUUCUGGAGCAUACCCCCCUCCUGUGCCACCCCUGCCCAGGAUGCUGGCUGCCAUCCAGGGGCGAUGCGUGGGUGGGCACACAGGUGCAUGUGCACCCCCUGAGUGUGGCGGUGCAACCCUACAACAGUGUCGGCGGCACCUGUGGGUGGAUGCCACUUGCCACCCCGUUGUUGACACUAGUAGCAGCAUCUGCAGGCGGUCAGUGAUAGCAGCUGGCGACCGCUGAUUCUGCCAGCAGCGCUUGCAGGUGGUCACUGACCCCUGGUCGGCACUCACCCCUGCCUCCACUUCCCACUGACAGCGCUGGUGGUGUCUGUGGGACCUCUGCACUUACUGCUGCCCUGCUUCUGCUGCCCAGCCACUGGAGGCACAUGUUCAUGCCACCACCUGAGCUCCAAGGGACCUGGAACUUUUUUUUCCCCCCCCUCCUCCAUCCCUCUUCCACCAUUGGUAGGAGCAGUGAGCUGAUUCAGGUGGUGGCAGGAGGUGCCAUGGCUGCUUGCUACUGUGGGCUGUGUCACUUGCUCUGCUCACUGUCUCUAGGGGUUGAAGCGCUGUGCCCAGCUCCACUGAACCCCAGCAUCCCCACUCACCCUAGGGUGCUGGAGUACUUCAACUUGAGUGGAAUAGCUGAAUUGAAGGGAGUGGCUAAACCUUAAUGGAACAGGAGCAAAAUUAGAUGGAUUAGAGAAAAUCCUGCCCUGGAGUGGUGUAACUUUAGGCUGAAUAACAAGUGCUUUAAAUCACUUAAAGGUGUUGACAUGCAGCUAAUCCAGGGGCUAAGAAAUCCAGAAGCCACCUAAACUUACCAUGUAACAAGGCACUUUUUUCUUUUGGGCCUGACGAGUAUAGUGACCCUGAGACAUGCACCAUAUAACUUCUAUUAUAGAAUGGAAUUGGUACAUAUACCUAUUCAUUUUAAACAACAGUAUUGUACUGCUAUGUUUGAAUGUAAUGAAUACACCUAAAAGAAACAAGUCUUUUCUUCGUGGAGCACAGGAUUUUGUUUUAAAUAUGCACAAAAUAAAGCAGCAUUUUAAGGAUUA